UUAAAUUUUAACCUGUUACUGCUUGUCCUAUCACUGCAGUCCCUAAUGAAGAGUCCCUCUCCAGCAUCCAUAUAGGAUAAAUCUUAGACUAACAUUAGGUGUUAAAAAUGAUAUUAAGAAAAUUGUAUGGAAAAUCUUGACUUGAGUAUCUUAAUAUAAUACAAUGGGAGUUCUGUGUUGUGAAGUAUGAGGAAUUCUUCAGCUUCCCUCUGUCUCACAGACUUGUGAACAGACUCAUUUCAAACCUCACCAGUGAGACCAGCAUGAAUCCUGAAGGAACUUCAUACUUGAUCUACUGUGCUAGAUUUGUGGCAUGCCCUAAUUUGCAGCUAAUCAAGUUACUAAAACAUGAUGCUUCUGGUGACAAGUGGUGCAAGUUCACCCCAUUUCUCCCAUAGCAGAGAUGUUUCUGGCAGAGAAGCCUGAUUUCCAUAUGCUCCCUAGAAACCUACUUCCAUUGUCCCCUUUUGAUUCAUCAAAGCUGCUUUACAGUAUCAGUAUCCUAUUAUGAAAUAAUAGUUCUUAUGGGCACUCUCAAAGUUUCUGGCCUAAAACCAUGGAACCAUAGAACAGUUUGUGUUAGAAGGGACCUUAAAGCUUAUCCAGUUCCAAACCCCUGCCACAGGCAGGGACAUCUUCCACUAGAGCAGCUUGCUCCAAGCCCCAUCCAACCUGGCCUUGAACACUGCCAGGGAUGGGGCAGCCACAGCUUCUCUGGGCGCCCUGUGCCAGCACCUCAGCACCCUCACAGGGAAGAGCUUCUGCCUAAUGUUACCAGGAAUGACAAUUUUAAUUGUGCUGUUUGUAAUUACAUGUAAAACUACCAUAUGAAAGGAAGCUCCUUAAAAAUCUGUUGGUUUAGGCAAAGUCACCCUAAAUACUUCAUUUUGUUAAGACUCUUUAAUGCCAUCUAAAACUCAAAGCCUUAUGACACAAAAUACUAACUGCCAUGAUCACUACUUCAAUCUCUAAUUCAAUCUGCUAGUUCAAAUGUUCAAAGGCUGGCUCAAGAUUUUGGAAGGGGUAAAUUAAUUCUGGCAGACUUAAAGCUAUGUCAGAUAUCAUCUGUCUUCUGUUUCUAUCAGAUCCAGCUGGGUGGUCCCCUGGAAACCAGGCUACAGACAGCUUGAACACCAGUUUGAGUGCUUGGACUCAAUAAAUCAGAGAUUUUAUUAUGUGCACAUAAGCUAUUAGAAAUAAAUGAAAAAUCUGGCAUGUUUUUCCUAGCCUAUCUACUCAGGACAAGACUAAGCCACUCAUAUCUCUGCUGAAGGUGACCCCAAGCAUCUUUUUCCCCAAAAUGCUCUAUUAAUGUAAGAAUGGCUAUACCACGUCACGCAAAAGCCAGCUUGCCUGCUCUGCAGCAAUGGAUGCCUACAGAAGAAUAAAGAAACAUGAAUGAUGCUUCUGCAGAAUACUCUUUCAUUCUUUAGCAACUGAUGCUUCAGGAACUUCCUCAGUCAGAGCUAUUACCUUUGCAUUUAAUAGUAUUUGAUGCCCUGUACCUCUUGAACUCAGAAAUUUCUAGCAUCCCUAAGAACGCCCACUGCUUAACUGUAUGUGUAAAGAACUGCCUAGUUCUGUGCUGUCAAUACAGGAUCAUUUCCUGGUUCUUUGCUCUAAUUCAUAGUCCUAACUCUCAGAGCUUGAGCAUUUUCAAGGUCUCAACAGGAACCCGCACCCAGCUGAUGCUUCACGUGGUAGCUUACCUCAGCAGCCAGAACUGCUAUCAGAUAGCAACGCAGCAACAUUCAGUUUUCCCAAUUUCAGAACAGCACAAACUCUGUUUCUGCAGACUUGCUUUUGAAUCCCUCCAAAUUUGGCAAUCUUGUAAUCACAGUGACUUCAGCUGCCCCAUCUGUCUCCAGACAGCUACUCUCCCAGUAGAAACCAACUGUGGACAUUUAUUCUGUGGUUCCUGUCUGAUCACCUACUGGAAACACAGUCCCUGGUUAGCAGCAAUAACCUGCCCUCUCUGCAGACAAAAGGUGGUUCUUCUGGAUAGCAUCUCUUGUGAAAAGAAACAUGAUAAGCCAAGUAAACAAAUUGUACAUGACAUUAGAGAUUACAACAAGCGCUUCUCAGGGCAACCUCGACCUUUUGCAGAUUACCUUUAUGACAUGCCCUUAUUCCUGACUCUUGCCUUGCGAGGAAUCUUCACCUGGGGUGUUCUGGUAUGGCUUUUUUUCCUGCGAGUUGCUGUUUGCUCCUUUGGAACUAUCAUAUGCUUGUCUUCCCCAUUUGACAUGAAGCCUGGGCCUCUCUGUAGGACACUUGGAACCGCUGAUGACAUGGUGGUUGUUUCCCUUCUUUUAAUUUGCAUGAUAAACAUAUGUCAGCAAAUUGCACCUAAUGGGGUGAGUGUGGCAAGGUCUGCAGCUCAGAGCAUGCUGUCAGAAGCCUGACUGACUCAAACUUGGAUUCCUUGGUCAAAGUUCACCAAGCAGUGACAGGUUUCUCUUUUAUUUGGGGCAGAAGAUGAUAAUUUGUCAUUAUGCCUCUGACAAAGGCUGAAGCAGGACUCAGCAAUACUUGGCAUGGCCAAAUGAUUCAAUGUGCAAGCAUUUAGAAAGCAAGUUUUACUCUGGAUACUUGCUGGACUCUUUCAUGCUACAUUUUUCUUUAACUUACCUUCAUACAAAGUGCCUGAGUUGAAAAUGCCUAAAGCUAUGAAUAAAGCUUAAAAUUAACAAUGCCAAACAACUUGCAGUUGAAGAGUUUUAGAACUCUUGAGCUUUAACAUUUUACACCUUGGCUCCAUUUGAAUAAAAUCUUAAUUUGAGAAUUUAGCAAACUGUGUAAUUUGCUAAGGCUUGUAUAACACAAGGAAUGUUAGAUGGUAUCGCUACAGAAUCUUGUAUCAGUGCUCUGUGUUAUCACAGGUGAUUACACAUCCACAGGAAUACAGAUUUCUUACAGCUCUGCAAUGAGAAUAGCCCUGAUUUUAAAAUGGAUAAUAUGGAACUGGUAAUAACACUGGCUUGCAACACAAAUGCAUCUAUGAAGUAGAGGUAUUACAAGGGGAGGAAAGCAUUAAAAGUCAUGCAAGGAAUGUGAACAAAUCUCUUUUUCAUAUAAGUCUAUGCAAGGUACAUUGCUUCCUUUUGAACUCUGUGCCUCUGAGCUUCAACAACGUCAGCAUGACAACUUGUUUCUUUUCUAGACUUCAUACACUCCUUGUGAUUGCCUUGUAAGUCUUGUGCCAGUUCAGCCAGAGAGGUCAAGGCCGAUUUGAUGAUGAUUCUAUGAUAUAAAUAGGAGGAAGGUUAUGGAAAGGUUGCUGAAGUUGGGGGGUGUGUGUGUGCAUGUCUGUGUGUGUUGGAGCUGCAGAGUUAAAAAGGUUGGCGCAGUGCCAGACCCCCCUACUCAUCUGUCCCUGUACAAUCUGUACAUUUGCUAUGUGUUUGGAGUCAGUGGACUUUAUGUAUGAAUUGUAUAUUAAAAUAAAUGCAUUAAAAUUUAUAAAUAUUUAUUGUUCACAAUA